AUGCCUGUGCUGCAUACCAUCAUUCGUGUUCAGUCCCCGGAUGGGGUGAAGCGGAUCACGGCAACAAAGAGAGAGACAGCUGCGACGUUCCUGAAGAAGGUCGCAAAGGAGUUUGGCUUCCAGAAUAAUGGCUUCUCAGUUUACAUCAAUAGAAACAAGACCGGAGAGAUAACAGCAUCGUCCAACAAAUCCCUCAACCUGCUAAAGAUCAAGCAUGGCGACUUGUUGUUCCUAUUUCCCUCGAGCCUUGCCGGACCGUCAUCUGAGAUGGAGACGUCCACCCCGCCGGGCUUGAAGGCCCUGGGCGCGCCCACCGUGGUGGAAGAUGAGAUCGACCAGUACCUCAGCAGGCAGGACGGCAAGAUCUACAGGAGCCGCGACCCGCAGCUAUGCCGACACGGCCCUUUGGGGAAGUGCGUGCACUGCGUCCCUCUAGAGCCAUUCGAUGAGGACUACCUAAACCAUCUCGAACCGCCCGUGAAGCACAUGUCCUUCCACGCCUACAUCCGAAAGCUGACCGGAGGGGCUGACAAGGGGAAGUUUGUCGCCCUUGAGAACAUCAGUUGCAAGAUUAAAUCAGGGUGCGAGGGACACCUUCCGUGGCCUAAUGGCAUCUGUACUAAGUGCCAGCCGAGUGCCAUCACGCUGAACAGACAGAAGUACCGACACGUGGACAACAUCAUGUUUGAGAACCACACGGUCGCUGACCGCUUCCUCGACUUCUGGCGGAGGACGGGGAGCCAGCAUCUCGGGUACUUGUACGGGCGCUACACGGAGCACAAGGACAUCCCUCUCGGCGUCAGGGCCGAGGUGGCGGCCAUUUAUGAGCCUCCUCAGAUUGGUACACAGAACAGCUUGGAGCUCCUUGAAGACCCAAAAGCCGAGGUGGUGGAUGAGAUCGCUGCCAAACUUGGCCUGAGGAAGGUUGGCUGGAUAUUUACGGACCUUGUCUCAGAGGACACCCGAAAGGGCACAGUCCGAUACAGCCGGAAUAAGGACACCUAUUUCUUGAGUGCAGAAGAAUGUAUCACUGCAGGAGACUUCCAAAAUAAGCACCCCAACAUAUGUCGGCUCUCUCCAGACGGACACUUUGGAUCCAAGUUCGUUACUGCUGUGGCUACAGGUGGCCCCGACAACCAGGUCCACUUUGAAGGGUACCAGGUGUCCAAUCAGUGCAUGGCGCUGGUCCGUGACGAGUGCCUGCUGCCGUGCAAGGACGCCCCUGAGCUCGGCUACGUCAAGGAGUCCAGCAGUGAGCAGUACGUGCCCGAUGUGUUUUAUAAGGACCUAGACAAGUUCGGCAACGAGAUCACCCAGCUGGCCCGGCCCCUGCCCGUGGAGUACCUGAUCAUAGAUAUCACAACAACUUUCCCCAAGGAUCCAGUUUAUACUUUUUCUAUUUCGCAAAAUCCGUUUCCUAUUGAAAACCGGGAUGUGCUGGGUGAGACACAGGACUUCCACAGUUUGGCCACCUACUUGUCCCAGAGUACCUCAGCUGUAUUUUUGGAUACCAUCUCGGAUUUCCACCUCCUGCUGUUUCUGGUCACCAAUGAAGUCAUGCCUCUGCAGGACAGCAUCAGCUUGCUGCUGGAGGCCGUGAGGACCAGGAACGAGGAGCUGGCGCAGACCUGGAAGAAGUCUGAGCAGUGGGCCACCAUUGAGCAGCUCUGCAGCACAGUCGGAGUGCAGCUUCCGGGCCUCCAGGAGUACGGUGCCGUUGGGGGCCCCUCGCACGCCGCCGCGGCCGCCAUGUGGGCCUGUCAGCACUGCACCUUCAUGAACCAGCCGGGCACUGGCCACUGUGAGAUGUGCAGCCUCCCCAGGACCUAGGGCUUCUGCCCCUGUGGCGGGGCCGGGCCCCUAGCCCUCCCUGAAGCCAGGACCUUUGUGACCGUGCCCCUUGGGCAGCCCUGAGGGGCGAGGCAAGGUAGCUGCCCCCCGGGUUCCUGAUCCACAAGGCUUCUCAGCAUCAGGCUUCCCUGGAGGAGGGCCCGGCUGGUGCUCUGCCAGCUGCUGGCAGCCACCUCGGGCAGGCGCAGCCCAGACACCUCUGGUGUCAGCCCCACCGUGGUGGAGGGACUGGCACCCCAUCUUCACCCGGAGCGGAGGGGCGGGGCGCUCGCUGCUGCCUUGGCCUCCUUUCUCCUUCUGGAUGCUUUCUGUUCUUGCCUCCCCCUGGUUUGGUGGGGGUCCCCCUUGGCCUCUCCAUCCUGCUGCUCUGGGGCAGACCCUACCCUGAGGCCACUUCCUCCCUUCCCGGAGCCAUCAUCCGGUGGAAGUGCGAGUGGCCUCCGGCUCGCUGGCCUCCCUCUGCUUGAUCUGCAGGUUGAUUUGCUGCCCACCCUCUCUCCUGCUCCCGCCUGCCGUUCAGGUGGGAUUUUAAAGUCGGCAUUGGUUGUAAUAACAGUUAUUAGUAAUUUCUGCCCAGAAGACUUUUAUUUAUUUUUUUUAAGAUAAAAAAUGCAUAAAAGGGGAGUGAGAGAGACUAGUUUCCUCUUCCUUCUCUCCUCUAGUGAGUCCCCGUGGGUGUGUGCAGGGCGGGUGAGUGUGGCAGGGGACUCACAGUCAGUUCUCCAUGGAAGCUAACCUCAGUGCCUGAGACUUUUCUGCCAAGCCACACAGCUGCAGGUACGGGCCGACCCAGCAGGAGUGGCGCGGUGGCUCCACCAGGCAGGUGGCUCCACCAGGCAGAUGGCCCCUGCAGACGGCUGAUGCCCCUGACCAGGCCCACAUGGGGUGAGCCGAGUUAGCCAAGGUCAGAGCUCGGGUUCCCUUUGCCCCACACAGUCCCAUAGCCCUGCCUGGCCCCUGGUCUCUGGCACAGUGACGUGGCCAUCAAGAAAAGGAGCAGGGGCUUGACCUGUCGUGAGCGCACAUGGGUCGGCUGUGGGGGCAUCGGCAAGUUGCUGCUGUGCUGAUGGAGUGAGGUCCGCACCCUCCCAGGACAGAGAUCUGGGCAGACCUCGCACAUGUGCCCUGUGGUCCCGCAUUCUCUCCACGGCUGGGGUGUGUUCAGGCCCUUCCCCAGGGACUCGUGGGCAUGCUGAUGCCUCUUUGCCUUAACAAGAGCCGUAUCUCUGAGCUGCCCCGCACCCAUGGGAGAGGCCAACCAAACAGACUGCUUGGGGACUUCGGGUCUGCCCUGGGUUGGGGGCCAGCCUGUGGGACCCUCCCUUUCCCUCGGGGCUGUGCACAGAGCACUGAGUGUUGGCUUCUGCCCUAGUAAGGGCCACAUCAGGCACCUCCGGGUCCACCCACCCAGACUCGUCUGCUCUUGGGGCCAGGGGCCAACUCGGCUGGGUCUGGCGGUGGCAGAGCAGCUGACCUGGAGGGGCCGGAAGGGCAGAGCAGCCCGGCAGAAGCGCAGCAGCCUGGCGAGGACUGGCUGGGGGCACUCUCAGCAGGUGCCCUGGCUGGAGCUCCUGCCUCAUCUUCUGGUCCCUGCAAUCAGAUGCGAGGCCGCGCUGGGCCCUGCGUUCGGCCUGUCCCCCGGCGCCGGGGGAGGCCGGAGGUACCGGCUUCGAGAGCACCGGCCCCCCUCCCGCCUGCUCUGUCAUCACCAAGCUAGUUUCGUUUUCAACCAAUACUUCACUCGGAAGCUCUGGCAUCGCAUCAUUCAUUUGUUUCCUUCUGUCUUUUAGCUAAAGAAAAAGCUUUGUUGUGAUUUCUCUG